AUGGGCGACGUAUCACCUAUAGUUCCGGAAGAGCAUUCACAUGCAGUCAAGUCAACUCAUUCCCCGCAAGCUCUUUUCCACCACAACCCGGUUGCCCACUCCUCCCCGCGUCUACCUCAUGCCAUCGCCCACCGCGGGUUCAAGGGCCAAUACCCCGAGAACACUCUACUAUCAAUAGAUGGCGCAAUCCGAGCCGGGGCUCAAGCCCUCGAACUCGACCUCCAUAUCUCCCGUGAUGGGAUCGUGGUGUUAUCACACGACGCAAGCCUCAUGCGCUGUUACGGCAUCAAGAAAAAGGUCAUCGACUGCGACUGGGAGUAUUUACAAACUCUGCGAACCCUACAAGCCCCCCAUGAACCGAUGCCCCGGUUGGUCGAUGUGUUGGAAUACCUAAGCCAACCGGGUCGGGAGAAUUUAUGGAUCUUGCUAGACAUAAAGCUCGCCAACGAACCCUUCGAUAUAAUGCAACGAAUCGCCAAAAUCGUCGAGUCAGUCCCUUUACCCGCGAACGGACCCGACUGGCACCACCGAAUCGUUCUCGGCUGCUGGUCUGCACGAUACAUACCCGCACGAGCAAAGCACUUGCCGCUGUACGCGGUAACGCUAGUCUGUGUCGACGUGAGCUAUGCGCGGCAAUUCCUCCAAGUACCGCUUAUAUCGUUCAACAUCAACCAGAUGAUCUUGAUGGGCCCGCUAGGGCGAGGGUUCUUAGACGAAGCGCGUGCAGCUAGGCGUCAAGUCUAUGUUUGGACGGUGAAUGCGCCGAAUCUAAUGCGUUGGUGUAUCCGACACGAGAUCGACGGGGUUAUCUCCGAUGAGCCCGGUCGGUUCCGGCAGGUUUGUCAGGGGUGGGAGAAGGAACAUACGGGUGUAUUGGGAGCCCCGAAUCCCGAAUUAGAUCGGAUCCCUUUUAGACAACGGAUAGAGAUCAUCGCCGUGGCGCUUUAUGUGAUUUGCUUUGGAUGGAUCUUGAAGCGGAUGUAUCUUACUCCAGUUGAGCGACUUGGGUUUGAGGAACACAAGUCGAAAUAG